CAACGUCAACAUGGGUGACCAACAAGAACAAGCUCCUCGUAACACUCACCGAACCUUAGCCCAGCCGGUUAUCGGGCCUGUCACUUCGUGCAUCCGUUUGCCGGAUCAAGCACGAAAUUAUGAGCUGAAGAUGAUUCACUAUAACCAGCUACCGGCAUUCCACGGACUCCCGAGUGAAGAUCCACUUAACUUCAUCCGGGAGUUCUACAAUGUGCUCAACACCUUUCCUCUCAACGGGCUGAACGAGGAUCAAUUGAAGAUGAGGUGCUUCCCCGAGACGUUGAAAGACCGGGCUAAGGCCUGGUUCAUGACACUUGCACCAGCAUCUCUGACCACCUGGACUGAAGUCUACACGAAGUUCAUUGGGAGAUACUACUCCCACCAAAAGACUCAGGAGCUCCGGUCGCAGAUUGUCUCGUUUGCCCAACUACCGAGUGAGCCCCUUCACGAAGCCUGGGAGCGAUUUAAGGAUCUUCAGCGACAGUGCCCUCACCAUAAUCUUUCGCCAGGACUGUUGAUGAAUUGUUUCUACGACUCCCUCAAUCAGAAUUUGCAAUAUAUGGUUGAUACUGCUGCGGGGGGAGACAUUGGUGCGAAGACUGCCGAAGAGAUGUAUGAGAUUUUUGAGACGAUGAGUGCCAACUCGUCUCAGAAGAGCAGCCGAGGGAAGAGGACAGUGGUGAAUGAGGCAUCUCCGAGGCAAGACAUGAUGGCUCAUCAGAUAGUUGAGCUUACGGAGCAAAUGAGGCUAAUGAAUGCUAGGACAAUGCAGCCAGCCCAGACCAUGGCAGUGGAUACAUGCGGGGCGUGUGGAGCCCAAGGGCACCGGUCAGAGGUGUGCCCGUCGACAUUCGAUCAGGACUUUGGAGAGCAAUACGCCGAUGUCAACGCUCUCCAAGGAUAUCAGAACCGGCAGCCAAACGACCCCGGUGCCAUGCAACAUGAUCUUCCAAAGAAGGAACGAGACCCCGGAGACUUCGUGUUAAAGAUUGCUCUGGGGAAUGGAAAAGAGGCUUCAGGGAUGCUCGACCUCGGAGCGGGAAUCAAUCUUAUGCCGUUUUCUAUCUUCCAGCGACUCGGUCUAGGAGAUUUGAGACCAACCCGUAUGUGCCUUCAACUUGCUGACCGUUCCAUUCGAUACCCUAAGGGAGUGGUGGAAGAUGUUCUUGUUCGUGUGGGAAAGCUCAUCGUCUCGGUGGACUUUGUAGUGCUCGAUGUGGGAGACGUUCACGAGAAUGGGAAGGACCAUACCAUCCUUCUCGGCAGGCCGUUUAUGGCCACCACCAACACCCUCAUUGAUGUCAAGAACGGGACCUUGAACAUGACGGUCCUAGGCGAGUCCGUGUCUAUCUCUGUCCGAGAGGCCACAUCUGGCCCUUCGGCAAACUAUGUGGAGGAAUGCGCCUUUAUUGAUGCGAGUGACCCGUUUGUGGAGGAGAUUGCU